UUUUUUUUUUUUUGAGAAUUAUAGCAGUAAAUCCCUGUAAACAUAUAUUCGUAAAAAGUGAGGUUAAUAUCACCAACAAUUUAGUAGUUUAAAUAGUAAGGUGUUUUUCAAGCAGCAACGAUGAAUCCAAAUAAAUCAAAAUUAUCAAAGAGUAUUUUGCAAAUGAAGUUUAUGAAGAGGACAAAAGAAAAAGUCGAAAAGCAGAUGAUAGAGAAAGAAGGAGAAGAAUAUUUCAGUGGUCAAUUUCCAAUUCAGAUGAAAAACGAAUCUGAUAGAUUUAUAAUUGAACCUAGUUACGUGUUUUGUGAAGAACUGAUUGAUGGUAGGUUGAGUUUCCAAGGUAUGAAUCCUGAAUUAGAAAAAUUAUUAGAAAUAGAAAAUAUUGAUAAGCAGAUGGAAUUGGAAAAAAAACAAGAAAAAGAUGUAACAGAUGAACAAAUGAUAGAACAAUGGAUGUUUCUUAGAAAGAAAAAGAACAAAUUUAAACGGUCAAAAAAAAUGAACAAUAAUACUAAUAAACCUUUGAAUAAAAAGCCAAAAUUUUUAAAACCGGUUGAUUAACAUUAAAAAAUUUAUAAAGAUGUAUAUAUAUAAUACAUCUUUUUAAUGUUUUAUAUAUAUGUAUAUAUAUUUAAAUAUAGAUUAUUUAAAUUAGA